AUGGCAAUUCCAUUCAUCCUCGCUCUGGCGUGGUUGCUGCCAGCAGUACUUGCUGCAAGUCUCACUCAAGUGAGCAACUUUGGUGAUAACCCGGGUUCUUUGCAAAUGUAUAUCUAUGUGCCUAAUACCCUGGCUUCAAAACCGGCUGUCAUUGUUGCGAUGCACCCCUGCGGUGGAAGUGCUACCUCGUACUAUGGAACGUACGAUUACCACACUCCAGCCGAUCAAUAUGGAUAUAUCCUCAUUUACCCGAGCGCAACACGGGAUUACAAUUGUUUUGAUGCCUACAGCUCUGCAUCUCUCACACACAAUGGCGGUAGUGAUUCGCUCUCCAUAGUCAAUAUGGUGAAAUAUGUGAUCUCCACAUACAACGCAGAUUCAUCCAAGGUCUACAUGACGGGAUCCUCCUCCGGUGCAAUCAUGACCAACGUCCUUGCUGGUGCAUAUCCUGAUGUCUUUGCGGCGGGAUCUGCGUUCUCUGGUAUGCCAUAUGCGUGCCUCUACGGCGCCGGGGGAGCUGAUCCCGAAAUGUCGAAUCAGACUUGCUCUCAAGGUCAGAUAAAUCACACCGGUCAGCAGUGGGCGUCCUACGUGCACAAUGGUUACCCGGGGUAUACGGGCAAGUAUCCGCGAUUACAGGUCUGGCACGGAACAGCAGACAACGUCAUUUCGUACGCCGAUUUUGGCCAAGAAAUCAGCCAAUGGACUACCGUCAAUGGUCUGAGUUUCACGAGUAAUCAGACCAAUACGCCUCUGUCAGGAUACACCAAGAUGAUCUAUGGUGACGGGACGCAGUUUCAGGCUUUUUCCGCUGCAGGUGUAGGCCAUUGGGUGCCGACUGAUGUGUCGGUGGUUCUUAACUGGUUUGGAAUUACCGGUGGUUCGACGACGACGACGACGACAACCACGUCGACGACACCUACCACCACCACAACCACCUCCUCCUCCACCAGUACAGGGCAAUGUACGGCAGCGCAUUGGGCCCAAUGCGGAGGUAUUGGCUACACGGGAUGCACCGCUUGUUCUAACAAUCAGUCUACAAACAUGGAGGAGUCUGUUCCUGAUACCCCCAGCCUCCGCAAGGACGUUGACGACGCAGAAACCGUCGCCACUGUCCUCAUUGCGCCCAGGACACAACAAACGCCCCUUUCCCAGCGCUUCACCCAGCCUACCCAAAUCAUCGACCGCACUCCGAACGAACCUAAGUCAGUCGUCCAAGUCGCAGCUUCCUCGCCCGCAGGACCUGCUUCUUCUCCGGUGAGACCUCACCACGGCGGAGUCCUGGCAAAUUUAAUGGCCCCUAGUGGCACACAAUUUCGUCCUCCUUCAAACCCACACAUCCAGAAACGAGCGCCCGCAUUGAGCGACGACGAAGGCCCUAAUUACGCUGGCGGCUCGUCUGACGAAGACGAACUGACUAUUGCGACGAACAUCAAACCGCGCAUCCUGUCGAAACCUCCUUCGAAAAGCCCAGAGAAAGUCAUGGAGUCACCAAUCGGGAACAAAGAGAGUUCUGUUGGAUUUAAAGACCUGACGGCUCGAUUCGCAUACCAGCCAAGUAAUAAACGAUCAAGCGAGCACCUUCAAUCUUUUGACCGCGACUCGGCCAAAAAGUUGAAGCAGACCACAAUAUCACGUGCUAUCCCUGUCGACGACGACGACAGCUCUGGCGACAUCAAGACGAUCGAAGAUAUCGAGGACUAUCGUAUGCGGAAUUUUGUUACGCGCUUAUUAGUUUUGUUUCCAUCUCUUACAAUCCAAGAAGGCCUGAGAGCCUUUUCACAGAGUGGCGGGAUUCUUGAUCGCGCUUCUGAGCAGAUCGCGAGACAGGAGGAACUCGACAAAGCCAGUUCGCCAGAUGAAAUCGAGCUAACAAUGAUCACACAUCCACACGAACGAAUGAAUACGGCCAAACAAAACAUCAAGUCGAAACAAAAAAUCCUUCAGAAAUAUACGGCCAAUGUCCAGAGAAAAGACGUCGCGGAGGAUGACUCGAAACCAAAGGCUAGACGGUUGAUGCGCGGUCCUCGACCUGGUGCGACCUCCUCAGAAGCCUCACCUGUCCCUGAACUCGCACCAAAGCCCAAAAGUCGCCUCAUUCAAAGAAAGGAUCUCAAGCGAGAGCCUUCACCUGAGGAAGAGAGUAUGGCCUCCGAAUCCGAGUCCGAAGCCAGCCCCGAGGAAGACGAUAGUGACAUUGAAAAGAAAGUUCUUAACUUUAUCAACACAUGCACGGUUCCAGCGCUUGCUGAUCUAGCUGCUACGCCUGAAGCAAUUGCUACACUUAUUGUCGAUGCGCGACCUUUCCGCACAUUGAACGCCGUCCGAGCCGUAACAGAAAAGACUGAGGAGAGUGCGAGCGCUAAGAAAUCUCGAAGACCAAAGAAACCUAUUGGUGACAAAGUCGUUGACAAAGCAAUCGAGAUGAUGAAGGGUUACGAGGCUUGUGACGCACUUGUUGCCCACUGUGAGAGUCUAGGAAAGCCCUUGGCCGCAGAAAUGAAGCAGUGGGGUAUCGACAUGUUUGGAAAUAAAGGUAAUGGCGAAUUGGAUUUGGUCAGCUUGGAGCACGACUCUGGCAUCGGUACACCGGCAACAGACGAUGGUGACGACGUUGUUGCCCAUGGCGGGCGCAAGUCUCGUUUCAUCUCUCAGCCAUCGAUCAUUUCGCCUGAUUGGACGUUGAAGAAUUACCAGAUUGUUGGAAUCAAUUGGCUAUCUCUUUUGUUCCAUAAGAAACUUAGUUGCAUUCUUGCCGACGAUAUGGGUUUGGGGAAGACGUUUCAGGUUAUUGCAUUUCUUGCGCAUUUGUUCGAGCAAGGCGUUACCGGCCCUCAUCUUAUCGUCGUGCCUGCGUCUACAAUUGAGAACUGGCUUCGAGAAUUCAACAAAUUCUGUCCUACGUUGAAUGUCAUGCCGUACUACGCCAAACAACAAGAGCGUGCUGAAAUACGCCUCGCUAUUGAAGACGAUAUUGAGAACGUGAAUGUCGUCAUCACAACUUAUACUGUCGCGAAGGCGAAAGAUGAUUCUCGAUUCUUGAGGAAUCUCGGAUUCUGUGUUUGUGUGUUUGAUGAAGGACAUGUGCUGAAAAACAGUGAAUCAAAGAUUUACGAUCAGCUUAUCAGAAUCCCCGCCGAGUUUCGAUUGUUGCUUACUGGAACACCACUCCAAAAUAAUCUUCAAGAGCUAGUUUCAUUGCUUGGAUUCAUGUUACCGGAUGUGUUUAGCAAGCACAAAGAGGACUUGCAGACGAUCUUCGCGCAGAAGGCAAAGGCCACAGAUACUGCGGAGCACGCUGCACUUCUAUCAGCCCAGCGAAUUGCGCGUGCUAGGUCCAUGAUUUCACCAUUUGUGCUUCGAAGGAAGAAGUAUCAGGUUAUUGAUCUUCCGGCAAAGAUUUCGCGUGUCGAGUACUGCGAGAUGAAUGAGACGCAGCAGGAAAUAUACCGCGAAGAGAAUGAAGAAGUUCGCAAGCUGCUUCUUGAUCGUGCUGCGGGCAUCAAGACGGGCAACAAAUCAGCGCACAUCCUGAUGAAGCUACGAUUUUCAGCCAUCCAUCCACUGUUGAAACGCCGAAUCUACAACGAAAAGACUCUCUCCAAAAUGGCUAAAGCUUGUUUGAAAGAAGAACAGUGGUCUCUCUCUGAUCCAGACAUCAUCUUCGAAGAGCUUCAACCAUAUAACGAUUUUGAAUGCCAUUCCAUGUGUGUCAAGCACCCUAAAUCUCUCGGACAAUUUGCUUUGAAAAAUCAAGAAUGGAUGAACUCUGGCAAGAUCGACAAGCUUUGUGAACUUUUGAAGAAGUUCAAAGAGAACGGCGAUCGUACCCUUAUCUUCUCGCAAUUUACUCUUGUCAUGGACAUUUUGGAGUACGUUCUUGAAACAAUCAACAUGGGCUUUUUCCGUCUCGACGGCCGCACCAACGUCGAAGACCGUCAAUCAAUCUUGGAUGCAUUCUACGAACAGACCGAUAUUCCAGUGUUUAUGCUAUCUACUAAAGCCGGAGGUGCAGGUAUCAAUCUUGCAUGCGCCAACAAAGUCAUCAUAUUUGAUUCCAGCUUCAAUCCCCAGGAAGACGUGCAAGCUGAGAAUCGUGCGCACCGCGUGGGCCAGACGAGGGAGGUUGAAGUCAUUCGACUUGUUACCAAGGGCACUAUCGAGGAGCAAAUCUACGCGCUGGGACAGACGAAACUGGCACUUGAUCAGCGAGUUGUUGGUGAUGAUCUCGCAGACUCUAAGCGUAGUGAAGAAGUUGGAAUGAAGGUGGUGGAGGACAUGAUGGCUGCUGAUCUGAAGCCAACUGAUGUUUAG